GGCGGGCGGAAGCCGAGCGCUCCCCGCCGGGCCGGGCCGGGCCGGGGCCGCACCGGGACCGUACCGGGACCGCACCGGGACCGCACCGGGGCCACUCCGCGCCGCGGCCACCAUGGCUUCCAUCGGCAACUUCUUCCGACGGAGCCUGCGGCGCGCCGGCCGCAGAGAAGGAAAAGAUGGGGCCUCUGCUGCAGAAAACACCCCCCCGCGGGUGCCACAGGGGAAGCCGGGGGAGCGGAGCUCGGUCUUCUACUCGGCUGGGCAGUUCUUCUUCGAGUACCUGGUGGUGGUGUCGCUGAAGAAGAUGCCAGAUGGACAUUAUGAACCCAAGAUAACCUACCAGUUCCCAAAGCGUGAGAACUUGCUGAAGGGCCAGAAGGAGGAGGAGGAGCGUCUCCUGCAAGCCAUCCCCCUCUUCUGCUUCCCUGACGGCAACAACUGGGCCCCUGUCACGGAGUUCACCAGUGAAACCUUCUCUUUUGUCCUGACCAACGUGGACGGCAGCAGGAAGAUCGGCUACUGCAGGCGGCUGCUGCCAUCUGGGCGUGGUGUCCGGCUCCCUGAGGUUUUCUGCAUCAUCAGCUGCCUGGGCUGCUUUGGGCUCUUCUCCAAGAUCCUGGACGAGGUGGAGAAGAGGCGCCAGAUCUCCAUGGCAGUGAUUUACCCCUUCAUGCAGGGCCUUCGGGAAUCGCCCUUCCCAGCUCCAGGGAAGACUGUCACCAUCAAAAGCUUCAUCCCCGAGUCGGGCACAGAGCUCAUCGAGCUCACACGGCCUGUGGAUGCCCACCUGGAGCAUGUGGAGUUCCAGGCUCUGCUCCAGCGGCUCAGCCCUCAACUCAUCCUGCACAUCUUCGCCUCUGCCAUGCUGGAGCGACGGCUCAUUUUCCUGGCUGAGGAGCUGAGUGUUCUGUCUCAGUGCAUCCAUGCCGUGGCUGCUCUCCUGUACCCCUUCACCUGGGCUCACACCUACAUCCCCGUGGUCCCCGAGUGCCUGCUGGACACCGUGUGCUGCCCCACGCCCUUCAUGGUCGGCAUCCAGAUGCGGCACCUGGAGCGGGUCCUGGAGCAGCCAAUGGAGGAGGCUCUGAUAGUUGAUCUCUGUGAAGGGAAGAUCAUCCGGGCGGUGGGUGAUGAGGAGGAGAUCCUGCCCGGGAAGCUGCAGAACGAGAUGCUGGUAUCUCUGAACAGGCACAACAACAACAACAACGUGCACACCUCAGAGCAGGUGAACGCCCUGGUGUCCGAAGCCUUUGUGCACUUCUUUGUGCGGCUGGUGGGGCACUACGCCUCCUACAUCAAGUGGGGCAGGAGCGGCUCCGGCAGCUUCCAGGAACGAGCCUUCUGCAAGGCCAUCGCCUCCAAGAGCUGCCGCAGGCUCGUGAAAAAGUUUGUGAAGACCAACAUGUUUUCCCUAUUUAUUGAGGAAGCGGAGAAGAGCAGGAUCCCACAGGAAGCGUAUUUCCAGCAGAAAAUAACCGAGUACCAUGAACAGAAGAAGCACCGAAGGGACUCCUGAAGUCCAGCCCAGGAGCAGAGCAGCAGGACUGGGAUUGACACACCCCUGCCAGCAGCACCACACUGGACUCUGUUCCUGCCCACCUGGGACUCCUGAGCUGCCUGGGCACCAGUCCUGCCCUUUCUUCCUCAGGGCAUCAUUGCACUGCAGAACUCUUUGCACGGAGCUGGUGCCGGGCUGGGGUUUCCCUCCCAGCCGUGGUUGCUCCAGGGACACUGUGACUCCCAGUGCUCGGCCCUGCACAGUCCUUGUCCCCCCAGCACCUCACGCAGAGGGAGGGCAGCCAGGGCUGGCUGCAGGACAACAGGGGUUUAGAGUCAUUAUUAGAAGGGGGAAAAAAAGGGAUGAGUAGGAAAUAGUGUUACUUCUCAUGGAAACAAACCAGGGGUUUGCAAAUAAGGAACAUCCCAUUGAACAGUUCCUGAGGUUUUGUUAUUAACAACUGUUUGAUAUUGUUUUAUUGAGCCAUUGUUAAACACCAGCAGGAGCAGGUGGGGGGGGGUUUAGUGGUUUCCUCUCUCGCAGCUGCCGCAUUACUGGUGCCACGUAGAGCCAAGUUUGGCUUUCUAAGGAAACAAAAAUACUCAUUUCCAGCAGGUUAUUUAUUUGUGCUGGAGCAAACUGUGAAGGCCACGUGGCUGUGGGGUGUCAAGGGGGAAACCAGCUGAUCAACAGCUUUGGGGAGGGAGGAAGGAUUUGUUCCAUCCCAGAGUAAAAGGUGUCACCAUCCUCCUUGGGUCUGGUCUUGGUGCCAACUUCUCUUAAAACCUUGCAGUUCCUCUCUGAAAUGUGAUGCCAGCAGCAGAUUAAAGCUAAAUUAUUGUU